AUGCUCCGAAAAAUGUCCAACAUGUCAAGAAUUUCAAGAGAAGAAAUAACAAACUCGUAUUAUUUUGCAGCGCGUUGCUAACAAAAAGGAAACCGUUUCGCUGUUUGGUGCGAUGCAGCGCCAUAAAGCGAGUGUGGAGGUAAAGCAAGUGAUUGGAAUUUUGUGUAAAUUACUGACGGCCACCGGACUCCAACAUGUCCCUGCCCCGGAGACUUUUAGACGGGCUAAAUUUGGUGAAGUCAAUGUGGAGGAUCAAUUCUGGCAGCUGCUAGCCAACACCCUGCAGACAAGAACUCUGUCCGCUGCUGGCUGCACACAGGUGAAAAAUGUCACUCCUGAGUGCAAGAUGCUGGUGAGCGCAGGCCUUUGGCAGAGUGGUUACUAUGCUGGCUGGAUGUAUCGAAGCCAGAUGGGAGGAGUCACCAGCAGGGAACUCCUUCUAGCAUUUGGCUGGCUGCUUGCUGCUGGAACGCUGGAGAAACUUUUGACCCGACGAGUACAACAACUGGACAAAACACUUGUCCCACCCAUACUUAUGAAACUUGAGAUUCCUCAGCAGCCCCUGGUCGAGUGCAGCUCAAUGAGAAGGCUUCAGUGGCUCAUGGGUUGCCUGAGACACCAGGGACGGAUGCUGCUGGCCAUGCAGGACGAGCGAGCUUCUUUGUUACAUGCUGUUUUUUCUGCUAGCCAACCUUCUCGAUCAUCUUCCGCAGGUCAAAGCUGUACUGUGCUGAAUGAGGCAUGCAUUGGUGCGCAGGAAGUUUGUGACCUCCUUGAGUUGUACCUAAACUGGAAGCAGGUGGAGAAUGUUUUCUGGACCUGGAUGGACAGUGUGGUUGAUUACCGUGAGAAGGACGCUGUCACCGAGAGGCCGUCACAUCUGAGGGGAGCGAUCGCUAGCCUCCCUGGACAACCGGCUAUAGAAAAACUGGACGGCAUACUGCUGAGACUGAAAACACUGCAGAAGAGACAGAAGACCACAAGAGGGGACGUUCAGGACGGACGAGGGAGACUUCGGGCUGGCAUGGAUGCUUGCCAUGACACGGCUUUUCUCGAAUCUUUGCCUCCCCUGUUGUCCAUCUCCCAGGCAUACCGAGCCAGAUUCCAGGCUGGGAAGACAGUCAACAGCUGCUCGGUCAGUUUCCAUGGUACAGUCGAGGAGGCAGACGUGCUGUCAGCGUCUCAGGUCGUGGGAAUGCUUACUCAAACUGAGAGACAGCUGCUGGAGGGGAGGGACACGCAGAGACUGGCCAACAGGAUGAAGCUACAGGAGAUGAUUGGCAGAUUGGACAAACUGGUGUUGAUACCACCGUAAACAUGAAAAAUGACAUCUGCUGUGCCCGCCGUAAGAUAUUAUGGAUGUUUUUAGGUGCUAAAGGGUCAUCAGAAAAUGGACUAGUUUCUCAUGCAGGCCUGUGGAAUGAUAUGAAAUGACUGAACAUAAUUUAUGAUGCCGUAUUUGAAGGGAAACUAAACUCAAGAUGUUUUAUAAAUUUGAACAUUUUGUUUAGCAGCUACUGUUUACUUAAAUGUAGUAUUUAUUCUUCAAAAAAUGCUUCUAAAACAUCGUACCUACAGUACCGUGAAAAAGUAUUUGCCCCCUUCUUGAGUUCUGUGUUCUUUUUUUUUCGAAUUUCUUCGUCAAUUUCUUCGGAUCAUGGCAUGAUGCGUUUGUUUCUUGAGAUGUUGUUGCCAAUUCACUUUGCCUGAGACAGAUUCUAUUUAUGUGCCUUCUUGAUUAAACAAAUGUGGUAAUCAGGUUUGGGUGUGGUCUGUGAGAUUUAACUCGGCUUUCCCAAAACUCAUUCGUCGCAGUUACUUUGUGAUUUAAUGAGAGGGGGCAAUUACUUUUUCACAUUGAGCCAGAUAAGUUAGGAUUUGUUUUCCCUCUUGGUAAAUUAAAUCAUCAUUUAGAAACGGCAUUUUGUAUUUUCUUGGGUUGUGUCUGUGUGAUAUGAAAAUUGGUUUGAUGAACUGAAACCUUUGUGAUAAAUAAGCAAAGAACACAGAAACCGGAAAGCAUGCACUGUACUUUGUGAAGAGGGUUUCCAUUUUUGGGUUCAUUUGCAAGUAAACAAAUUUGCAUUUCCCACCCACAUUGUGUACAAAAAAAACAGUAAAUUUACAUCAAUGACAAGCUACAUAUUUACUGCCUUUACAUUUACAUAAACGACAUAAUAAACCAUGAUGAUAAAUGUCUUAAUGUUUUUACCGGGAUGUAAUCUCAACUGGAUUACUUUUUGUGUUUCACAUCAAAGAGGUUGACAAACAUACAGCGCUGAUGUCCGCUUCCUGUUUUCCCAGUCUUUAUUAAAACCAUUGUACUCAAUCUCUCAGCCGAGACAAUACUGUACCCGCUUAUUGUCAGGAAAAUGAUCUCGGUCAACAUGGCACCGUAUUUGCGUUUAAUUAUUCAGUUUUUAUUCCAUCAAUGCUAACAGAUGACUGUUAAACUCACGCUGGUAGAUCCUUAUUCGAAAAAAUUUGUUUUUCACAGAGGGUCAGAAAGGUUUGGAUUUUCUUUUUGCCUGAAUAAAGUGAAUUGUCAUUUGAAAAUUGCAUUUUGUAUUCCUUGGGGUUGUCUCUGAGUGAUCUUAAAAUUGGUUUGAGUUGAACCCUUUGUGUGUGUGUGUGAUUUAUAUGCAAAACAAUGAAAUCAGGAGGGAAGUAAAUACUUUUUCGCGGCACUGUAGCCAUAUUCAAUCCAGUCGCUGACGCUUGAGAACUGACCUCUUGGUCACCAGUGUGAUGCCAAAGAAAAUUUUACGGAUUUCUGAAAGAGUUAUUUAAACGAGGCAGACAGUAUCAGAUUUGUUCAAAUGCUGCAUUUUCAUGUACACGUGUCUGUUUUUUUUUUUUUAUGUAAAAAAAA